UCCCAUUUGGCAGGAUGAAUCAUGCUACAAAACAGAAACGGAACAAAUAGAUUUUUCGAAAAGCCAAAAAAAAAAAAAAAAUCAGAUAAUUCAUCAAACAAAAGAAUCCCUUCGCACUCUUAUCCCCUUCUUCCACCCUUCAACUCUAAAACCCUCAAUCAUCAAAUGUUGCAAAAUGCAAACCCACCAUUUUCUCCCUUCCAAUCCUCUUGUACCCAUUUGUAACUCCACCAAAUUCACGCCUUCUGCAUACCCAUUUCCCACUUCUGUUACUUUCCUCUCCGGUAGACCUUCCGCCAUCACCGUCGCAGCCCACAACCACCGCACAACUACAGAACCAUGGCUAGCUCAAGUUGCCGAAGAACCCUCUACCGCCACCAAUGCGGAAGUCCCACCGCCGGAAGAGGGCCCCAUAGAACUCCCAUCUUCUUUCCCGGCAAUUUUUGCCACCUCCGAUGAACCUAGCCCCAUCCAGGCGGCCACCAGUCUUCUCCUCACUGGCGCCAUCUCUGUUUUCCUCUUCCGCUCUAUCCGUCGCCGUGCCAAACGAGCUAAAGAAUUUAAAUUUAGGUCAUCUGGAGCUAAGAAAUCCUUGAAAGAGGAGGCAUUGGAAAAUUUAAAAGUCAUGGCACCCACUCCUAUUAAUCCCAAGUCUCCACCUUCACCUGCUCAAGCAUUUUUGGGAGCUUUGACAGCUGGUGCAAUUGCUGUGAUUCUUUACAAAUUCACUGUUACUGUUGGGGAUUCUCUGAAUCGCCAAGCACUGUCCGACAACUUUUCGGUUCGCCAGAUCACGAUAACUAUCAGGACAAUCAUUAACGGAGUAUGUUACCUUGCUACAUGUGUAUUUGGCAUCAAUGCACUGGGAUUGCUCUUAUACUCUGGCCAGCUUGCCUUCAAUUCAUUCACUGGAGAUUCGACUACAAAUACUUCAAAAGAUGAAGUUAAAUCACAGUUAAGCUCAUCAAAUGCUUCAGUACAAAGUCCCAUUGAUAGCUCUGAGCCAAAAAUAGUAGAUGAGGAUCAAACUUCUGAUAGCACACAAUGAUCAUAGAUGUACAAACACCUUUUGCCAAACCGUCCCACUGCAGUUCAUGUAUAAACGAGCGCUCUGUAUCUACCUGUGUUGUAAUAGUGCUUUACCUCUGUUCAUCAGUAUGGUACAUACUAUUGAUGUGGUUAGUGCUAGCAUAUUCUCCGACGAUGAGUUUGAAAUGGCAUCUUCUGCUCAUUGACCUGAUUUUCGUACAUUUAUGAGGUGAAUAAACUGUAUGUGAUUUCUCUUCGCAAAAUACUGUGUCCCUGGCAUGCUGCUGCUGUGCUGCAUUUGCCGUUCUUCCAUAUUGAUUUACACAGAUAAUUUUGAAGUCAAUGAACACAUGAUUUUCAGAUCAAUAUAUCUUGUUUGAUAAUGGGUAUUCAAGAAGUAGAAUUUGUUCUCCUAUAUGGAAGGUAACAAGUUUUCAUAGUUUUACAGCAAACUGAGGCAACUUUUUUAUUUAGUUUUCUUGUAAAGCCCAUUAGGAAUAAUGGUGGUUUUAGGUGGCUCUUAGUAUUUCAGUUUAGGAUGCGAUCCUGUUGAACUAAUUUCAAACAUUGAUGGUCUAACCCAGGCUGAUUAAGAGGUUCUCAGCUCGGUGAAAAUCUAGAAAGCAUGUCUGCACUGUUGAUUUUCAGGACUUGUUUGUAGCAGGGGAAAAGUACAGUGAAUUGCUCCAUUCUUAAAAUCAAGAUACGUCCGUUCGGUACUCUCUCAGCAAUCAAGCAUAAGGAAAGAAUCUUUUAUAUUUGUGUUGAAAGUACAUUCUGUUUUACAACCCAGAUGUGUUUCUUAUAAGCAGUUUGUUUUAGCUGUUUUAUUGCAGAACCAUCGAUGAAUAUGUUAUGUUCAAUUCACAAUGCUGUUUUGCUGGCAGAACAUGCAAGGCUUCUAUUUCUUCCCAAGUGGUACUCAUUCAAUGAAGCACAGCAGCCACAGUAAUUGCAGCUGCAUCAGGGCUAUACUUCUUGAUCACACCGUUGUGGACUGUGUUACACUGAAGCAGCGGUGUCUUAUUCGUGUCCAAGGUAAUGCAGCAAGAUCACCAUAAUCACCGAAGAAACUAGCAUGGGAAUAGGACCAAAAGCCCACAUGAGAAAUGGCAUAGCGAAAUAGAGAGCCCUCAUUCCAAGUUCAUAGAAGUUACUUCCUCUGAUCACUUCCCUUUCCUCGUAUCCCAUAGGAUAUUCAACAUUUGGUAUGGUGAUGAGGUAACUCGCGUGAACAAAGCACCUUGUAGUUUGCACAAAUGAACCAAAGGCCACAAGAAAGCAGAUCAGUAGAGAUACAUACUUCACUGGUCAUUACCGUAGGGCUGGUGUCUCCAUAAAUGAAACUGCUUGUGAAGAGAUUUUUCUCGGAACGUCCUAGCCAUGCUCCAAUUGGAGAACUCAUGACUAGAGAAAUCGAAGAAAGGUUAGAUGCUGCUGAGAUGUUGUUGCCAAGAACUGCUGUCGCCGGCCUGUCUUUGCAAUCAAUCUGCAAACACAUUGUUAUCAUGACUAUCGGUAAGAGUAGGUAUACCAUUAUUCAUUACUGUCCCAGGAUUCUAUUCCAGUCAAUAACGGAAAAAUCGAAUUGACAUGAUGAGUAAGGGCAAGAGAAUGGAUUCAAAUGUACUGACCUCAAACAUCCUUUCAACCCAAGUUCUUUUGCUGUGAUCCUCACUCAUAGCCCAUAACUGUGGUGUCGGGAUUUCUCAAGAACCUACAGAGAAGGAGGACGUGAUAUUCAAACAUAAUGAACAAGCUGAUUGGUACCAAGCUCAAACCCAAGUUUUCCUUCCUCCAUUCUAAUCCCAUUUCGCCUUUAACUUUUGUUCUCCAAGAAAUGAGUGUGCUUGAAGAACUAACUGCUAUGCUCUAUUUCAGUGCACAACACUGAAGUUGAGUUGUGUAUUUAUAUCAAAUGCCAGGACCGAUUAGCUCAGCAUUAGAGAGAUGCAAUCAACUCUCAACUUGUAUCACCACGCCACAUUUCUUGCCCAAUUUUUUUAAAGCUUCAUUAACAUGCUUGUUUAUAUAUUUAGUUUUCAAAUGUAUGAUUGAAGAUGCUUAUGGUUCGAUUUUCUUAAAAACAAUUUGGGGCCAUUUUGGAUGGGAUUCUUUUUCUGGAAAAAAAAAUUAUUUCUGUAAUGUAAGGAGUAGCCUGAGACCAUGAACUGAUCAUUAGUUGUCUUGCAUUGAUUUAGUUUGACGGCGCGCACAUGUCAAGAUCAUAAAUUCC